UCCUUGGUUAUGACUAGUUUCUAGUAUUUGAAUCAAGACAAACUAGUCUUGUAUGAUGAAUCUAUACUUUAUAUGGUAUCGUAAUUAGUAUAUUUAUGAAAGGUCAUAAAAGUUAUUGUAGUAUUUCAUUAUGCAACAAUGAUAACUGAACAUCAUUCAAAGCAAAUAUUAUUCCCUUCUGUUUAACAGCUGGAUACAAUGUCCCUUUUUCACUCGAACUUUUAUUUUGAAAUAGAGAAAAUUCCACCGGAAGUAAAUAUUUAGCGGACCAAGCGGUUCCAAUAAUAGAAUGUGAAGGUUUCUGAGCUUAAUGUCUAUGGUUCUGACCUGGCUUCUCUAAUAAAAAAGUAAAGAUAUGUGUGACGAAAAAAUUGACCGUGUGUAAAUGAAUGUCAACGUUUAGUCCAAAUUGACACCGUCUAUUUCGAGUAUUUGUAGAGGCGGAAUAUUGUGUUGCCUUUUGUUCCAACGACAGCAGGCUAGCUCGCGCUAGCUAUUGUUAUGGGUAAGGCUGUUCAUUGUAAUGACAGAUGGACGUUAAGACGGUACUGCAAUUCGCCGCCACCACAAGAGGCUUGUCACUACUAAUACAGGUCAGUAAUAAUAAUGUAUUUAUUUACAAUAGUGGCUGGUUAACUACAGCAUAACGUCCACAGAUUGAAGGACUUGGAUGUUAAUCAAUUAGAAAAGUGUAAUUGGUGUGUGCUUGUCAUCUCGUUUGCUGUGCCUCCCUUUCAGGCUCUCCUAAAUGCUGCAAUCCCAGAUCACGAAGCUGAUGCAUUCACUCCUCCACCUGCAGAGGUGGAGCCUCGGCUUCUGGACCCUGCAGUGCAAUGGUUUCUGGGGGGCCUUUCCCACUGGGAUGCAGAGCAUUUUCUCUUCAUCGCUGAAAGGGGUUACCUGUAUGAGCACAACUACGCCUUCUUCCCCCUGUUCCCUGUCAUACUGCGGGGGCUUGCAGAGACUAUACUACGGCCCCUCAGUGGCUGUCUUACACUGCGUGGACGCCUGCUACUGGCUGUUGCCUUGGGUAACAGCGCUCUCUUCCUGUUGAGUGUGGUAGCACUGUAUGGACUUGGCCGCGUGGUGCUGCAGGACCGGCGUCUUGCUCUAGUCUCCAGUUUGCUCUACUGUCUCACCCCUGCCAAUGUCUUCAUGACAGCUGGUUACUCAGAGAGCCUGUUUGCUGCACUGACCUUCGGUGGCCUCUUUCUCCUGGAGAGAGGAUACACCCUUAGAGCCUGCCUGGCUCUGAGUAUAGCUACUGCUGCGCGAGCCAAUGGACUUGUGAAUGUAGGAUUCUUGUUGUAUCUGCCCCUGCAACAGGCCCUGUCCAAGAUCUGGGGACUGCAUAAGGACAAUAACAGGCACAACAAAUGCCUCCACUACACCUGGAUCGUCGCUCGUCUCCUGUUCACGGCUGCAUUGGGCACAGCAGUUAUUGCGCUCCCCUUCUUGGUCUUCCAGUACUAUGGGUACAGGGCGUUCUGUACACCCUCCCUCUCCUUGGAGCAGGUUUCCCCUGCCCUCAUCCAGCUGGCUGAGGAUAAAGGCUACAGGGUCCCUGACGAAAACGCACCCCCACCCCUCUGGUGCCUGCGACCCCUCCCCCUGCUCUACUCUCAUAUCCAGGAUGUGUAUUGGGAUGUGGGCUUCCUGCGCUACUUCCAGCUUAAGCAGAUACCCAACUUCCUGCUGGCACUGCCCAUGGCAACUCUGGGCAUGGCGGCGGCCUACAUGUACUAUAGGGCUAACCCAGCCAGGUGUCUGAGACUGGGGCUAUGGGACGAAGGGGCAAACAAACGGCCAGACAAACCCACACCUGGAUUUUACAGCCCCAGGGUGUUUUUGUAUGUGGUGCAUGCUACAAUGCUCCUGGGAUUUGGAACAUUCUGCAUGCAUGUGCAGGUGAGAAACUUUUCCACUGAUUAGUUCAUGUACGGGGAUUUUAAUACAGGUCUAGUGGGGGAACAACGGUCACAUAAUGUUAAACAAAUUGCCGUGUUUGAAGAUUUUUAUGAAAUACAGGCAGCUCAUUUAGUCCAUUAAUGUUUUUCUCUUUUACUGAUUUCUCCAGGUUUUGACCCGGUUUCUGUCUUCCUCCUCCCCUGUACCUUUCUGGAUCAGUGCCCACUUGCUCUUACUCUAUGAGCCCCUCCUUCAGCGAAGGUCACAACCCACAUCCAAUAAGGGGCAGCAGCGGGGGACACCCAGGACUGUCUUCUUGUACUUACCCCAAAACCCCAUUGUUCAUCUACUGUCCCGCUGGAAGACAUGCUCUAUCCCCACACGAUGGAUUCUAGGGUACUUCAUCUCCUAUUGGCUUAUGGGCCUGGCACUGCACUGUAACUUCUUACCAUGGACUUGAUCUGACACUUUCUAUUAAAGACCUGAUGUGUGCACAAAAUACUAUUUGAGGGCAAUAAUAAUAGCUCUGAAGUGUGUCAUAUUUUCUGCCUGCUGCAUAAAUAGACAUUGCCGUUUUAGAUAGCAACUGGCUACUCACCUCUGUUAGUGUUAGGCAAUAAGGUUCAAGUGUUUUAUUUGCACUCCAUCUCAUUUUCAGAAAAUUGCUUAUUUUAAUAUUUCCCUAACAAAAAACGUUGGAUUGAUUCGCAAUCCAGCAUUGAUGCACUGAUUAUUCCAUUCACUUGGAACGUUCCAUUAUAUCAAAUUGUCUCUGAAAAUGUACAGGGUGCAGUUUGUGCUUUUUUGAGUGCAUUCCAGUGCAUCUGUUUUUGUUGAAAUGUUAUUGUAUUUUUUGUUUACUAAAGAGAUACUGUGUAAUAAAGCAUGGCUGUGUUUUUUUUAAGAAGCUGACAAUUA